CGGACAGUGUCAAGUGCAGCUCUGUGUUUUUUCGUGUUUUUAAUCAGCACAUUGUGAUUCCUGACAAAAGAAGUGUAAAAACAGUUUCUAUGUGGAUUACUGAUAUGAAAAUAAGUGGACGUUUCCAAGAAUGUUCUCGAGAGGAAAAAAUCGCGUUAAAUUAUGCAAAGCGCCUGAUGCCAAUCCUGCAAAAAGGACCGGACAAAAGCUAUUCAGUAGAAUGUUGUUAAGAGGAAAAAAUCUCGUUAAAUUAUGCGAAGCACCUGAUGCCAAUUCAAGCAGCCAACAAUCACCGGGUUUGCCUCAGACUAGCACAGCUUCAACUCCAAUAACUACCCAUGCCUCUGAUACGCCCCAAUUCAGUGCUCCAUCUCCAAGAAUUACACAUUCAUCUGAUUCGUCAAUCACAAGAGAAGCAUCACCAAUCAUUGGACAAACAUCAUCUACUAGUCAUGAGCCAAUUAAUAACUUAAAUUCUGCAACCAAAACAGUGGACAUAAUUCUACCAGUAGAUGACAAAGAGUUGUUGGAUGCAGUUAAUUCCAUAACAGCCAGCGUACCGUAUAACGAUCAUCACAGGGAUCUUACUCUAAAUGCAAAUUCUAUUGAAGAUGCUAACGUAUUACCAUCCGAUAUUUUGCUUGAAGAAAACGCUAGAACUCCUUCCAUGGAACAAUGCGAAGAUAUGUUCGGAAAGAACAAUCUAUCGCCACGAAUCGCACAAUCACCCGUUGAAUCUGCUACAACCACAACACAACCUGAAAUAAUUCAAAAUAACAUGCCUCCUGAGAAUAUUCAAUCUACACACGUGCUCCAGAAUAUUAUUUCAUCGCCCCAAAAUCCAAGCAGCCAACAAUCAUCGGGUUUGCCUCAGACUAGCACAGCUUCAACUCUAAUAACUACCCAAGCCUCUGAUACGCCCCAAUUCAGUGCUCCAUCUCCAAGAAUUACACAUUCAUCUGAUUUGUCAAUCACAAGAGAAGCAUCACCAAUCAUUGGACAAACAUCAUCUACUAGUCAUGAGCCAAUUGAUAACCUUAAUUCUGCAACCAAAACAAUGGACAUAAUUCUACCAAUAGAUGACAAAGAGUUGUUAGAUGCAGUUAAUUCCAUAACAGCCAGCGUACCGUAUUACGAUCAUCACAGGGAUCUUACUGUGAAUGUAAAUUCUAUUGAAGAUGCUAACGUAUCACCAUCCGAUAUUUUGCUUGAAGCAAACGCUAGAAUUCCUUACAUGGAACAAUGCGAAGAUAUGUUCGGAAAGAACAAUCUAUCGCCACGAAUCGGACUAUCACCCUUUGAAUCUGCUACAACCAUAACACAACCUGAAAUAAUUCAAUGUAACACGUCUCCUGAAAAUAUUCAAUCUACAAACGUGCUCCAGAAUAUUAUUUCAUCGCCCCAAAAUCCAAGCAGCCAACAAUCAUCGGGUUUGCCUCAGACUAGCAUAGCUUCAACUCUAAUAACUACCCAAGCCUCUGAUACGCCCCAAUUCAGUGCUCCAUCUCCAAGAAUUACACAUUCUUCUGAUUUGUCAGUCACAAGAGAAGCAUCACCAAUCAUUGGAGAAACAUCAUCUACUAGUCAUGAGCCAAUUAAUAACUUACCUCCAGCAUGUGAACGACAUGAGUGCAGCGAUCCGGACUAUAUACCUAUUUCAAGUAAUGACGCUAAUGAUGAGCAAAACCAAGGUAGACCAAAACGAGGAAGAAAAAGGAAAUACCCUGAACAAAACAGAGAUAUUCGUAAAAAAAAGACUAACUGUAACGAAGACUACAUAAGCGUGAAGGGAAAAGAAGUGACUAGAAAAAUAUUUUCUGGUGAUUCUUUUGAUUGUAAGUGUCCAAAAAAAUGCACAGAUAAAGUGACAGCAGAAGAACGCAAGAAAGAAUUUGACAGAUUUUGGAUGUGUGGAAACUAUGGUGCUAGGUGUGCAAUCUUACAAGGAUGUGUUACAGAAACGGAAACUAAAAGAAGUUAUACUGCUAAUUCAAAACGAAGCUUUACAAGAUAUUAUCGUGUCAAUGGAAAAACUGUGUGUAAAAAGACCUUUCUUAAUACUUUUGGAAUAAGCCAAACAAGAAUUGAUUUUGCACUGAAAAAAUUUAAAAACCAGGAACCUGUCAAUGAUCAAAGAGGCCAAAAAUCAGGUGGAAAGAAUGCUACAUCUCCUGAGAAACUUGCUGAAAUUAAAGCCUUUAUCAACAGUUUUCCGAGAUACGUUUCACACUACUCGAGAAAUAGCACAACUGCAAAGUACUUGGCACCUAAUCUCAACAUUGCAAAACUGUAUGAUCUCUACAAAGAAAAACAUCCAAGUGGUGUUAGUUUGUCUAAAUUUAGCAAAGUUUUCCACGAAGAUUUCAAUCUUUGUUUUAAAAAGAAUCAGAAAGAUACUUGUUACCGAUGCGAUCGCUACAAAGCUUUGAAAAGCUCACAAGCUUCAACAAGUACAGAAGCUUCAACUGCAGAACAAGAGCACAAAGAACACUUGGACAGAGCUUACAACUUGAGGAAUCAAAUGAAACAGGAUUUGGAAUCAGCGAAAACAAACCCAGAAAUUGAAACGCUCACUUUUGAUUUAGAAAAGACACACUGCUUGCCGAAAGUUCCCACGAGUAUUGUUUAUUACAAACGUCAGUUGAAUCUCCACAAUCUUGGAAUACAUCGACGGCAGAAAGCGAUUUUGUCGUAUCUCAAAAAGUCCGAUUUUACACCAGAGCAAAAAAACUAUUUCAAAAAUUCAUAA